CUCUCUCUCUCUCUCUCUCUCUCUGGAUUUUUUGUGUUAGUCUGUAGGGUAAGCUUUGGACAUUCCAUGUAUGAUCACAUUAUUUAUGAAUUGCUCUCAUGGCAUUGCUGGUUUGGUUUAACUUGAUGAUUGGCUUGACUUGGGGGAUUCUUGAAUCGGUGGUCAUUGAUAUGAUCUGUACUUUCUACUUAUGAACUGUACUUUACUCAAUGUGGACACACGAUAUGUGCACUAGAAGUACAACAGCACUAUCAUUGGAGGGUAUUAUUAAUAUAAGUAAACUCAAAUACAACUAAACUCGAACCCAUUAAAAUUAAUAUAAUGGAACUCAAACUGCUAAACAGGAAUCCUUGAAAAAUUGAUGGAAAAUUAAAAGAGAACAAGUUCAUAGAGAUCCAGGCAGGCAGCCCAAGGUGAACCUGGGCCUAACCUGUGACCUGGGGGCCUAGAUGGGGGCCUGGCCCAGCUCAUUACCGAGUAUCAGACCCACCCUUCAGACCUGCCACAUGCCCACAUUUUAGAAAGGGAGAAAUUUGUAUUUGUUUUUGUGCAUGCAGAUUCUGCUCCCAUUGCUGCAUUGAGUAAGCACGUGUUCCCUUGGAUAAAAGACCUACUUGGUGGGUUAUCUCUAUCUGAAAAUUUAGCAUCCACUUUAGAUUCACCAAAAUAAGCAUGUAGAGAAAAUAGAAAAUUAGAUAUUAUGUUCCUAAAUACUUAGAUCUAAUUGUCUGAAAAUUGAUCUGUCUGUGUUCAAUGUUAGGACAUUGUUUCUUUCAAACACUUAUCCCAAAAAUACGCCUAAAAUGAGUUUUACCGGUGUAAGCGAAUUGGUUGUUGGCAGGUGAUUGUUGGAAUCAAACUGCGAUUUAGUUCUGCAAGCCGCUGACGCUGUGAGCAAUGGAAGUCGUCAAGCCAUAACCAAUGAAGCUAUCACCCACCUAGAAGAAAGAGAUAUUUCAGUAUAGAGCUAUACAGUUAGGGCUUGUCAGGCCGCGCAACCUGGAAUGGGGCCUAGCUCGCUAAAUUUUUUGGGUCCUAAACUGAGGCCCACUCUGGCCUGAUGGGUCUUCUUUUACCUGGCCUUGUUGGACCGGGCUUGCUUGGCCCAUAAACCUGUGGCAUGCUUACAGCCUUACCAGGGGGUGGGGAUUAGGGAUGGCAUUUAGUUAGGCAUGCUGUUUGCAUAUUAAUAUAUUAAAAUAUUUAAAAUUUUGUAUUUUAGAAUGACUUGAGUAUGCUGAACCUAAAAUUCUGGGUAUUAACUGGGCCUCUAAAUUUCUUUAUUAACAUAAUAUGUAUGUAGCCUUUCCGGUUGAAGUCAGGUGCAGUGUCUUAUAAAAUGUCAAAAUUUACAAGCUCCUUUUUUUUUUCUAACCAUGUUGUCCUUUUCCGACCGUGCACAAAGAGUACUGACUGUUUGUCCCUGUAUUUGGUUGUAAAGAUUGAUGGAGGCCAUUCCUUCCUCCAUCUUCACGUUGACAAAAGCUGUGUCCAUGCAUGUUGGGGGUGGCAGGUGAAGAUAAGCCUCCCUAAAUGAUUGGUGAUGGAUGCUGGCCUUUUGGUGGUUUUAGACUUGGCCCACUUCUCUUUUGUCUUUACUCCUACUUUUACAUCCCUAUAUAUACAUAUUGAAUAUGAAAGUAUGCAGGUAUCUUUAUUGCAGCUGGAGUUAUAUGUCUACUGCUCUAAUGGCUUAUAACAUUCGAAUUCCGGAUACAGCGUCAUCUUAUCAGGACUCUAGAGAUGCAUGCAUCGAUUUGGGGCUUAGUUUAAGGACUCCGUUGUCAUUGCUUUGAAAAGGAAGAUAGCCUGAAAGAAAUCAGUGAAAGCAGUUUAAUGAAAGGCAGGGACAUUGUAAAGUCAUAAGUGUCUUCUAAAUAAAAAUGGGGUAAAGAGCAUUUAAAAAUAUGUGGUACACAAUUCUGCUCUUUCGUUUGUUUCUAUUUAUUCUUUUUAAGCACAAUUAUGAACUUAAACUUUAGGAGCCAUUUGGCACCUUAAAAUAUCAGCAACUUCUAGGGAGAAGCUUGAUGUAGUUUCUUGGCAAUGGUUGUUCCGCAAUGCAGCUGCGUUUUCUUUGGACCAUAAGGCUGGUAAUUAUGACCUUUGACUGUAGAGCUGCAUCCCCAUAUCCUGAUCACUAAGCCAAGAGACUAGCUAUGGAUGCUCUUGCUAAAGUUUGAAUGCUUUUUUUUUUGUUUUUUUUUUUUUUUUUUUUUUCCUAUUUAUUUUUUUGAAGAAAAGGGAAACAAGGUUUCUGAAAUGGGGGAGAUGUUUUGAUUAUCAAUCGACAUCGACGGAGUCACCAUUUUCAUCAUCUUAGUCACAUCACUAUCAUUGUUGUCCCUUUGCUUUUGACACCAGAAUAAGACUUGUUCAUGUGCUCUGUUCUAAAAUAGAUCUCUAUGGAUGCAGUUUUAUCUAUGUACCAUGAUAAUCAAAGUUCUAAGGUGGGUUGGCUCCAACCAGAGUCACAGUAUGGGGCCUCAAAUGCAGGCCAUUUGAUGUCUCACAAAAAAUCAAAAGGGGAGGAAGAAGAUGAUGGUGACUCUGAAGGAGCACAGAGCAAAGACAGAUGUUGCUAUGUGAAGGUGAACAUGGAUGGUGUGCCCUAUGGUAGAAAGAUAGGAGUCUUCGAACAUACUGACUAUUGGAGUCUUGCACUACAAUUGCAAGCCAUGUUUGGUAAAUACUUUGGAUCUGGUAUAAGAUUGUUCGAUGAAGCAUCUGGUCUUUUGUUGAUUUAUCAAAGCAACGAGGGAGGUGAAUGGAGAUCGGUUGGAGACUGCCCAUGGGAGGACUUUGUGGAUUGCGUUAAGCGGCUAAGGAUCGCCAGGAAGGACAGUGGUGUCUCUCGUCAUAUUGUUUGAUUAUCAACAUUUACUCUCUAUGAAAGGCAUCGUUACCCUAGUUUCAUAUUAUGUAUUUAUAUUUUUUUUAAUUACCAUUUUGGUAUUCUAUAUAAAUCAGUUUUUCUAUUAAAUUGAGAAAACAUUUAUA